AUGUGACAGGAGGAGGAGGAGGAGAAGCAGGAGGAGGAGGAGGAGGAGUGAAGCAAAGCAAAGCCAUGAACAGGGUAGGCAGAAGGCGCAGAGAGGGAUUGCUCGGUAACUUUGCUUAUUUACAUGUGAUGUGGUGAUAAACAGAGUUACCAGGAUUAGUUUCUGUCACUCUUUCCACCUCAGCUGUGGACCGACCCGGUUGCCACAUGAAGGCCUCACUCUUCUUUAAGUUUUUCCCACUGAGUUAGCUUUCUGACAUUAGCCGCUGUUGUUAGCCUGUGCCUCUGUCGGUGACUUCAACAACUUGUCAACAGCCGAUCGAUCCCGGACGGGACUGCUUGUCGCCACUUGGGUGUUUUCGGCGGGCUGUCGUGGCGGAAACGUCCCUUUAUCCAGCGGCACCGCAGGGGGCAGAAAAUCGAGCUAUGAUGGCAACGUGACAGGAGAUGGUCCGCUGAGUCCGCUUCGACAGGAGCCAUGGAACGGUUUCAAACCGCCGCAGAGCAGCAGGACGAGGUCAACGGGCACGGCGCGCCUGGCCCUCCUCCCGAGGAGGCGGACGUCAAGUGGACGCCGCCGAAAGCAGAGUCCGGCGGCUCGGACAGCUGCGAGUGGACGACGCCGGGUCAAGGAAGCGGAGAUGAGGAGGAGGCGGAGGAAGCACUUCCCGCUAAAGGCCUGAGAGGGGAUCAGAAGAAAAGGCAGAGAGAGGGUCAAGAUGAGGAAAAGGAUCCCAGCAAGAAAAGCAACAGUGCAUCAUCCAGCUACACAGACCUUUCCCAAACGUCGUCGCCGUCGCUGUCAGAGCAGCUGCGUCUUGGCAGAGAGGAGAACUCAGGUGCUGUUAUCAGUGUGGAGUGUAAAGUCUGUGGGGAUAAGGCCUCAGGUUUCCACUACGGAGUGCACGCCUGUGAAGGUUGCAAGGGCUUUUUCCGGCGGACCGUGAGGAUGAAACUUGAGUACGAGCGCUGCGAGCGUUCGUGCAAAAUACUGAAGAAGAAUCGCAAUAAGUGCCAAUAUUGUCGCUUCCAAAAGUGCCUGUCUUUAGGAAUGUCUCAUGAUGCGAUCCGAUACGGACGAAUGCCCGAGGCGGAGAGGAAGAAGCUGGUGGCGGGUCUGCUCGCAGAGGAGCUGAACCUCAGCAAACCAGGCGGCUCGGAUCUGAAGACGUUGGCCAAACAAGUGAACACAGCCUACCUGAAGAACCUCAGCAUGACCAAAAAGAGGGCCCGAAGCAUCCUGACAGGCAAAACCAGCAGCACCUCACCAUUUGUGAUCUACGACGUGGACUCACUCUGGCAAGCAGAAAGUGGGCUAGUAUGGACCCAGUUAGUUCCAGGUGCACCCCUGACCAAGGAGAUCGGAGUCCACGUGUUCUACCGCUGUCAGUGCACCACAGUGGAGACUGUGCGAGAGCUCACCGAGUUUGCCAAGUGCAUUCCAGGGUUUGUGGACCUCUUCCUUAAUGACCAGGUUACGUUGCUGAAGUAUGGAGUCCACGAGGCUAUUUUCGCCAUGCUGCCAUCUCUCAUGAACAAAGAUGGACUCUUGGUAGCCAGUGGUAAAGGCUUUGUAACCAGGGAGUUCCUCCGCAGCUUGAGGAAGCCGUUCAGUGAGAUCAUGGAGCCCAAGUUUGAGUUUGCUGUGAAGUUCAACGCUCUGGAGUUGGAUGACAGUGACCUGGCCUUGUUUGUUGCUGCCAUUAUUCUCUGUGGAGAUCGUCCCGGACUUAUGAACGUGAAGCAGGUGGAGCAAAGUCAGGACAACAUUCUCCAGGCCCUGGACCUCCACCUCCAAGCAAACCACUCUGACUCUGUCUACCUCUUCCCCAAGCUGCUUCAGAAGAUGGCUGAUCUUCGUCAGUUGGUUACUGAGAACGCUCAACUUGUCCAAAAGAUCAAAAAGACUGAGUCKGAGACCUCCCUCCACCCUUUACUACAGGAGAUCUACAAAGACAUGUAUUAGAAACCUCCAGCAAAGACAGAUUUUUUUUUCUAGCAAUACUGUUACAGACAGAAUCUACAGUUAUAACAACAUGCUGCGUUCAACUCAAGCACUGUUUUCUGCGAAUGGAAAUAAAUUUUGGCACAAAGACGAGACGUAUUCACUUCUUAGGGCUAUCACAAUCAGCAAAGUCUUCACAGUAUCAGCAUUACCCUCAGCACAGCGAUGUGCAUACUCGUGUGUGUCUGUGUGUGUGUGUGAGAGAUGAGCAUCUGGAACUAUUUGCUGCAAGCCUUCGUUUCCCACAACGGUCACCUAACAGGAAGAGUGAUAUGUUUUCAUACAGAGGCUGCUCCUGUUUCAUCCCCAUAGCAAAGCUGACCCCAGAGCAGCGUUCAGCGAGAGAGAGUUCCUCCUCACACACUGCAGCUCUGUGCUCGGCUGCAGAGGGAACGUGCUUCAUACUCUUGCGCCAGUUUUUUUUCCUAUUUUUUUUUUUUUUUUUUGUAAGUGUGAUUGUAACCCUUCUCUGGCUUUUUUUUUUUUUUUAGGCUGAAGAUGCACAAAUUGGUAUUUGUUUACAAUAUUUUAAUUAUCACCAUCAUAAUCAGUGACCCACCACCUCCCUGCCAUUUGGUUUGAAGAACACAAACUGGGCUGGCUCUCCCAGCAUAAGUGUCUGUGCAAUACCAUUUCUGAUUGUCAAUAAAUGUGAGAUCCAAGUUAUUUAGGUUUUGUCUUAAAGCCAACUAUGAGACUGUACUAUACAGGAUUUAUCAAGCUGACACUAUAAACACAAGUCACUGAAGUACAAGGGACAGCAUGCUUUUUUUUUCUUUACUUUUUGACAAAAUACAAAAGGUUUGCCAUUCUUUGGUUAUUUGUAAGUACAUUUCUKUGUAAUUAUGUUAUCAAUUAUUGUUGAUUAUGUUGUAAGGGCGAAUCACGACUUGUCUCAUUUCRUGGGUUAAGUUGAUGUGUUUGUUAUUACAUGCCUGUCUGUUUAGUUUAGGUGCUACCAAAUAUGUCAUGAAGCAAACCCAACAAACCUUUCAGUCGUGUGAUUGAUUUUAAUUUCAUGUUGCUGCAGAAUUUGCAGUGAAGCAGAAUAGAGAUCUAUUAUAUUGAUACUGGGAAAUGUUAUGAUUGAAAAUCAAUAUCCAGCAGCUAGUAUGAAGUUUUUUUGUAUUUGAGAUAUACACGAUCCAAGAAUACUAUUCCAUUUGUGUGUGUGUUGAUUUGUGUUAAAGCCGUACUGUCCAUCAAAUCCAUACGAAUCGUCUGUUGACAUUGAGUUUAAAAGRACUUGGUUCAUGUAGUCCGCCUGGA